AUGUGGACACUUGAUCCAAUCGACGGCACAAAAGGAUUUUUACGUUGCGAACAAUUCGCAGUUUGUUUAGUAUCACUUGUAGAUGUCAAUGAAAAUAUUGUUCAGUGGCUAGAGGUGAUGCCGAUGUUUACCGACCCGAGAUGUUUACGAAGAGAAUUUAUGGAUCAUUCGUCCGGAGCUUUCUUGGUUCAAGAAGCUGGUGGUAUAGCUUCAGACAUUUAUUCAAAACCAUUAGAUUUUAUUUAG